CCAACCCAUUUAUCCCCAAAAUCACUAUAAAACUGACCCUUCAAACCCUCAAAUUCCUACGCUUCAUUCUGAGAUAAAAAUGGCAAAAUCAUCACCAGAAGACGAACAUCCAAUCAAGACUCUCGCAUGGGGUGCUCGAGAUUCAUCUGGCUUAAUCUCUCCUUUCCCUUUAUCUCGAAGGGAAAAUCGUGAUGAAGAUGUCAAUAUCAAAAUCCUUUACUGUGGUGUUUGCCAUUCUGAUCUACAUGCAGCCAAGAAUGAAUGGGGUUUCACAAGUUAUCCAGUUGUCCCAGGGCAUGAGAUUGUUGGUGUUGUGACCUCUGUUGGGAAUAAUGUUAAGAAAUUCAAAGCAGGCGACCAAGUCGGGGUUGGUGUCAUAGUUGAAUCUUGCAAAAGUUGUGAAAAUUGUGAAGAGGACAGGGAGAAUUACUGCCCCAAAUUGGUAUAUACUUACAAUGCACAUUUACAUGAUGGAUCAAAGACUUAUGGUGGAUAUUCUGAUAAGAUUGUCGUCGAUCAGCGUUACGUGCUUCGAAUUCCUGAAAAUUUACCCCUCGAUGGUACAGCUCCACUCCUAUGUGCUGGAAUCACAGUUUAUAGCCCCAUGAAAUAUUAUGGAAUGAAUGAAAAAGGUAAGCAUUUGGGUGUGGUUGGUCUUGGUGGGCUUGGUCAUGUUGCUGUUAAGAUUGGUAAGGCAUUUGGGUUGAAAGUUACUGUCAUAAGUACCUCUCCAAAAAAGAAGGCGGAAGCUAUUAGCAAGCUUGGUGCCGAUUCUUUCCUCGUUUCAACUGAUCCCGAACAAAUGAAGGCUGCAGCAGAGACAAUGGAUUACAUUAUGGACACGGUAUCUGCUGUUCAUGCUCUCGCUCCAUUGCUUAGUCUUCUAAAGCUGAAUGGAAAGUUGAUCACUGUGGGUUUACCUAACAAGCCCCUAGAGCUGCCAAUUUCUUCUCUAGUUGUCGCUAGGAGGAUGGUUGGUGGAAGCAACUUUGGAGGGCUGAAAGAGACACAAGAGAUGUUGGAUUUCUGUGCUGAGCACAACAUUGCUGCAGACGUUGAGGUCAUUAAGAUGGAUGACAUAAACAAUGCCAUGGAAAGACUUGCCAAAUCCGAUGUUCAAUACCGGUUCGUGAUCGACAUUGCAAACUCCUUGAAAUAAAUAUGAUAAAAUUUUCGCUACACAGUUGGUUGUCGCUAUUUGGUUUAGCUGUCACAGUUGUAAUGUUGGGUCUAUGUUUGUUAAGCUAAAUAAGAGUUAUGAGUUGAUAUCCUUCAUCCAUGAUCAUGUAACAAUGUUCUUGAAUGAAACAGGCUAAAAGUAAGAAAAAUUUUCUUCAUCUUUUACUCUUUA